ACAGUCACUAUUUGACACUCAAACAUAGCUGAACAUAUUGACAAAGAAUCUUGUAAUGCUGUUUAUUCUAAGAUUGAGAGUUUUGGCUGAUUAUUGCAAAAAACGCUUUCUGACACUGUGUCCAGAAUGAUCUCCAAUCCAACUCUUUCCCCUCAAUCCAACUCCAAUACCUCAAUGUCCUAUGAGAAAACAACAAUAGACAUUGUCUUCUACUCAAUCGUAGUUCUCCUUGGCACCACUGGGAACUCUUUGGUCAUCUGGGUAGCUGGAUUCUGCAUGAAACCCACCGUCACAAAUGUUUGGCUGGUGAAUCUCGCUGUAGCAGACCUGAUCUUCUCCCUGACACGAGUCACUUCUCUCAUCAAAAGCAUCUUCUUCGACCACUGGCCUUUUGGAGUUUUUCUCUGCAAGUUCAAUGGUUUCUUCAAGUAUGCCAACAUGUUCUGCAGUGUUUUUCAUCUGGCUGUCAUCAGUGUGGAUCGAGCUCUCUGUAUCUGGCGUCCAGUGUUCACCAGAAAACGCCGGACGUUAUGUGCUGCUCGUGUGGUCAGUGUGGGAGUUUGGAUUGUGGCAGUGAUGUUAAGCUCACCGUACUUUUUGUACCGACAGGUCUUCCUUGAAAAGAACAACUUGAGCCACUGCUCAUUCAAGGAGAAAGGAGAAGAAGAAGGAGAUGGCAGUUCAGCAAAGUAUGUCUACUAUUUAAAUCGUUUCAUCUGUGGAUUCUUGUUGCCCUUCCUGGUCAUCCUAAUCUGUUAUAUACUAGCUGCUGUUGGGAUACGCAGAACACGGCUCUCUGGAAAAUCAAGGCCUCUUCGGAUUCUUGUCGUUUUGGUCUGUGCCUUUUUCUUAUGCUGGGCUCCCUAUCAUAUUCUAGGACUGGUCAAGUUGGUGAAUAGAAACAACAAGGCAGUAAAAGAAGGAUGGGCUAUGGUUUCAAACUUAGCUUAUUUCAACAGCUGCAUUAACCCGGUUCUGUAUUUCUGCAUGGGAUUGGAUUUUAGUCGAUGCUGCAACCAAAGUUUGUCUGGGAUUUUUCGCAGAGCACUUGUGGAGGAAAGCCACAGUCUCUCACAGCAAGUCACUAGAGAAGAAAACUGUAAUUCCAUUCCAAAGACUUCAGAUACUGAGGGUGAAACUAAAGUUUAAGAGAUGAAUAUCUAACAUCUAGAUUAAUAGCUAACAAAAAUGAAAGGUUAACACACC